CACAGUUGCAGGUUCACAUGGAAGUGCAAAUCUACUACACAAAGAAAACUAAACAAAUUGGAAUGAAGCACAAAUAGCAGUUCCAAAAUCAUAACUAAUAACUUAAAGAUCACAGUGUGGUUUGCUUUCAAUACACUCUUUGACAAUGUUUACCUUUACAUUUAAACAAAUUCAUAGUUAACAUUUAUUAUUGCUAAGAACUUCAAUCUGUUUUGAAAAAAACAAAAACAAAAAUGCUGAAAUAGUUUGAACUGGAAUUUAUAUUUUCACCUAAAUCCAUGGUGCUAUCUCAGAAAGAUUCUGUAAAAGGACAGUUCUCAGCAUGUUCAGCUCAUUCAACAGCCCUGGUAGGCGGGCACAGAAACAAGGUAGCUUCGUUUGAUGGGUUGAACUUCAGCUGUGGGCAGAUGUGAUGUCACAGACCAUGCUCCUUUUUUUAUUCCCAAACUCAAAUCACAGAUUCCAGACAGAGUAGAGACAGCCUGCCUGCACAUUCGUCUUCAUCUUUUCUAUCUCAUCAACCUGAGGAACCACAUGUUACGUUUCAAUAUAUCAAACUGGAUUAUCUCAGUCUUCAUCCUGUAGAAAUAAAGAGUGACAAUCUGCAGUGAGAAAAUGAGUAGUUCCAGAGUUCUUCAACCCCAUCCUGUGGUAGAACUGGACAGUCUGUCAGCGUGCAUGGGUCAGCGGCAGUUUCUUUAUCAGUCACUGAUUAGGACUCCUCUGAAACCCGCACAGCGUUUUUGUCCACCGACUGACUAUCCUCAAAGGACAAGCCUUCGCUCUGUGCAUUUCUCCUCAUCUUGUGUACCUACAAUGCCACAAAGCUGUUUCUGCAAGAAGAACUCCAGAGUGCACGGGAAACGUGUGGUGUUCGCAGAUGACUUGGGACUGCCGUUAACUGUUGAGCAUCUAUUUACCCCUGAGCCCUACUCCCCCACUCCCAAGAGACAAUGUCCACGCCAUUUGGAAGGCCAACAAAAUCCUGCAAAUAAAUUGCUGCUCCCCAGGUUUCGGCUGGGUUUCCCUCAGCCUACAAAGGAACUUGAAAAAUUUGUUGCACAUCUGCAAAAGACGUGCAUACAAAUGGAGAGCUGCAACGUUUCAGAGAGCACCUUGAGUGGUGAAGUGUGUGUUUUCCAUAGUAGCCAAAAAAAGACAGUAUAUAUAAAAGUGACUUAUGACUCAUGGAUGAGCCACAAAGACAUUCCCUGUAAAUUCUUGGAGCACAGGCUUUGCCAUGGCCUUGAUGUAGAUGUGUUUUACUUUGAAGUAAACCUGCCCCAAAAAACAGACCAAAAUGAGCGAAUGGAGUUCUGCUUCACAUUCAGCCCAGGGCAUAACUCUGCUCUUCACUGGGAUGACAAUAUGGGACAGAAUUACAAAGUGAUUGAGGAAAAAGCUAGAUCAUGUGCUGGCAAAGUCUACACUAAGAGUUUUUACCCCUUGCUUUCAAAAUACAAGCCACCUGUCUGUUCACAGUUGUCUUCUUGUCUUCAAAACUGUCAUGAUCUGAAGUAUCUCCAAAGUCAUUUGCUAAGCAGCAGAACAUUGGGGGCACUUAAGUAUGCAUUCCAUUAACCACUCUGGUGUAUGGUGUAAAACAUCCAACAUUAUGGUAUGUAAACAUAACUGUCACUCCAGAGAAAAAAUACCCUGCUAUAAUGUAAAUAAUGUUUUAUUAAAUUCUGGAUCCACAAAAAGUUAUUUCAACUACUGCUGAAGUAAGGUCUUUUUACAUGUUGAUGCAACUAAGAAUCCACAUUGGCUCAGAUUUCUGUUGUGUUUUAAUCUGCUGUGUCACACCAGACAGAAAAAGUCAGCAAAGCUAAAAGAUCUUCUGGGAAAACAGUUUGGAACAUGAAGAACAUGUUCUCAACACUCCCUUGGCUACAAGAUUCUUGGAGUUGUUACAUGUUGUACUUUAGACAACUGGUUUGGCAAAUACUUUAGCUUAUGUGUGGACUUGUGUUUACAGGAAAGGGUGGAGUCAUUAUUGUGCAUCAUAGCAACCACAGUGAGAAGGUUCCUGCCACUCUAGUUCCAUUCCACCGAGGUCACACUUCUGUGUUCUUCGCUUUUUUUUCCUUUCAGGCUACAGCUUUUUAGUAUCAACUGAAAUUUUGUACUAGAUCUGUUUUCAUUUACUUGAACCUUUACACAGUUUGUCAUUUGUUUGAGGGGAAGUGAUGCAUGGUCUUCAUAACAAUAUUUAUUUUACAAAUAAAAAUGAAAAGUUUGAAAUAUCUUUUUAUUCAGCACCCCUGAGAUAACAUUCUGCACAGACACCUUUGUCUGCAAUUACAGCUGCACUGCAAGAUUGAUAUGUCUGUAUCAGCUUUGUACAUUUAAAUACUGAAAUAUAUGCCUAUUUAUCAUUGCAAAGCAGCUCAAGCUCAGAUUGGACUGAGAGAGUCUGUAAAGAUUAAUUCUCUAGUCUUUUGUAACUUCAAACAGGUUUUCUUCAGUGAUUACCCUUCAUUAAUCCUGCCAUCAACUGACCAAAGUGUUGGGCUUUUAGGCCAGAAAUGUCCAUUUUGGUCUAAUUUGAUCAGUGUGCCUUCUUCCACAUUGUGUACCCUUUAUGGCUUGUGGCAAACUUUAAAUUAAUUCCAUCCAUCCAUCCAUGUUUGGUUUUGUUUACUAAAACCAGCCGCCACAGAGAC